CAGGACUUAGAAGAAGUGUUCACAUUUCAAAGCUUUGUCCUUUAAGGUCACUAUCACUCCAAACGAGAUUGGGUUUUUGAUAUCUUCUCUUCUACGGGGCACAAUACAGGACUGACUGAGCCUGAGGUGUUCUUCGUUGCACUUCAACUUUUGCUAAACUAACGAGGUAAAAAUAACAUUAAUCUCUCUACUUAUAUUUCUUAGACAGACUGUCGAUCGAUUCGAUCGAACCAACCAAUUUUACUUGUGUCGGAAAAAAUCUGACCGGGAGUUUGAUUUAUUUCUGCCUGCCUGCCUGCCUGCCUGCCGCGGAAGUGUUGUUUUUGCGCAUCAGGUGCUCAGUAGUUAACUGAUUUUGCAUCUCUGUUUGGUUAGGUCAAACACUGUGAAAUUGUACAUGAUAUUGAGAUCUCUUAUAAACAAGAAGAAGAAGAAGAAGAAACAAUUAAUUAAUUUAUUAGUUGUUAAUUUAUUGCAUUCGUGUUGUUGUUGUUUGAUUGAUGCUGGAUUUGGGCAUGCAGCUAAGCUGGUAGCUUGUUAAUUUGUCUUGCUGAGGUUUGAAUGAAGGUGACCUGAUCCCAGCUGGACCGUUCAAUUGAGUGUAUUUAUUAGUAUGCCUUGUGUAUGUUUGUGCUGAAUUUCUGUGUAUGUAUGUAUGUAUGUAUGUAUGUAUGUAUGCAUACCCAUUUAAUAUAUAUUUUGGUUAGAUGGCAAUUGUAGUAGCAUUGCCAUCUCCAAAUCCGGCAGCAUCUCCUCCUCCUCCUCCUCCUGCUGCUGUCUCUUCUCCAACUUCUCAGCCCAAUGCAGAUCCUCCAGAGCUCUUACCAACUCCAAAACCUCAAUACAUUCCUCCUCCCACAGGCAGCAUGACUUCUCCUCCUCCUCCUCCGGAUUCUAAUCCACCCACAACUUCUUCACCUCCUCCUCCACCCAAUAUUCCGCCAGUUACCUCCCCCCCUUUCCUUUCCCCUUCUGUUCCUCCAGUUAAUUCACCUCCCCCACCAUCACCUAGCGCACCACCAACUUCACCUUCACCUCCACCACCACCAUCACCAUCGAAUUUGCCCCCUCCAAUAAGUUCUACUCCAUCUCCACCGGCACAACCUCCCCCACCCCAAUCAAAGCCACCUUUGAGUUCACCCCCUCCACCAAAAUCUGAUACACCUUCAACUUCACCCCCUCCACCAAAAUCUGAUACACCUUCGAUUUCACCCCCACCAUCAAAAUCUGAUACACCUUCGACUUCACCCCCUCCACCAACAUCUGAGCCACCUCUGAGUUCACCCCCUCCACCAAAAUCUGAUACACCUUCGACUUCACCCCCUCCACCAAAAUCUGAUACACCUUCGACUUCACCCCCUCCACCAAAAUCUGAUACACCUUCGACUUCACCCCCUCCACCAACAUCUGAGCCACCCCUGAGUUCACCCCCUCCACCAAAAUCUGAUACACCUUCGACUUCACCCCCUCCACCAAAAUCUGAGCCACAUCUAAAUUCACCCCCUCCACCAACACCUGAGCCACCCAAACGGUUUCCUCCAUCAUCGCCAAUUAAGCCGUCUACACCACCACCUCUUCCUCCUCCUCUACCUAUUUCCCCAACUCCACCUUCACAUGUGUCAGUUCCAUCAUCAGGAAACAUGUCAACAAACAAUACUGGCAAUUCAAGCUCUCCGAGUAAUGGAGGCCUAGGCACUGGAGGCACAGUGACCCUUAGUCUGAUUUUAGGUUUCUUACUAUUAGGUCUGAUUGGAAUUGCUGCCUGGUGCAUUAGCAAACGACAAAAGAAAGUUUCUGGAUUUAAUGGAGGCCAUGUUACUCCACUAGGUUCUUCACGCAGAUCAGAUUCAGCCUUGUUAAAAAUAGAGAUGGUUUCACCUAAGACUGGAAGUGGUCCUGGUAGUGAUUUAACACAUUCACCAGUUGGGCCACGUGGAUUGGGAAAUUCGCGGCCAUGGUUCACCUAUGAAGAAAUGAUACGUGCUACUAAGGGGUUUUCUGAAGAGAAUAUUUUGGGUAAAGGUGGAUUUGGUUCAGUGUACAAAGGAUACCUGCCUGAUGGAAGAGAGAUAGCUGUAAAGCAACUGACGAUUGGUGGAGGGCAGGGAGAGCGAGAAUUUAAGGCAGAAGUUGAGAUAAUUAGUCGGAUACACCAUCGCCAUUUGGUGUCACUUGUGGGCUACUGUAUUUCCGAAGAAAGGAGGCUGCUGGUGUAUGAAUAUGUUCCUAACCAUACCCUUCACUAUCAUCUUCAUGGAGGAUUAGGUAGACCAGUCUUGAACUGGGCAAUAAGGAUGAAGGUUGCUGCAGGUGCUGCUCGUGGCAUUGCAUAUCUGCAUGAAGACUGUCAUCCUCGUGUUAUCCACAGGGACAUUAAGUCUUCUAAUAUUCUUCUAGAUCUUAACUUUGAAGCUCGGGUUUCUGAUUUUGGGCUUGCUAAAUUAUAUUUGGAUACAAAUUCGCAUGUAUCAACCCGCGUUAUGGGAACAUUUGGGUAUAUGGCUCCUGAAUAUGCAUCAAGUGGUAGGUUGACCGAGAAAUCUGACAUGUUCUCCUUUGGGGUUGUGCUUCUGGAGCUCAUUACGGGUCGAAAGCCAGUAGAUCCCUCUCAACCUUUGGGAGAUGAAAGUCUUGUUGAAUGGGCGCGUCCUUUGCUUGGCCGUGCCCUGGACAGUCAAGAAUUAGAUGGGUUGGUUGAUCCGAGGCUAGAAAACAACUAUGUUGCCAAAGAGAUGUUUCACAUGAUCGAGGCAGCUGCAUCUUGUAUACGACAUUCAGCCACCAAAAGACCAUUGAUGGGACAGAUAGUGAGAGUGUUGGAAAGUAUGAGCACUUCUUCAGAUCUAAGCAAUGGAAUGCGUGUGGGUGAAAGUCAAAUAAUAAAUUCUGGUGAACAAUGGGCGGAAAUUAGAUUAUUUAGGAAGAUGGCCUUUGGUAUUCAUAAUUCCACUACAGAGAUUCUGAACAGCAGGAAUAAUUAUGAUAACUCAAAUGAGGUCAUGCCUCUACAUUCAGAAAGAGGUUAGUAGAAGAUCAAGAAGCUCUCUUUGAGUGUAAAUAGGGCAUAGUAGAAGAUUGUGUCUUUAAACGGAAGAAGAAUUUCAGAAUGGAAUGAAAUUGAAUUGCACUUUCUGAUUAACAGAUACAUUUUUAUUUUUUUUCUGUGCAUGAGCCAUAGAUACUUACAUACAUACAUGAUGUUAAAUGAGCCAAGUUUGUUAGGUGACUUAGGUUAUUCCAAGAAGGGUGGUUAGGGAAAUUAGUAUAAAUAGAUGAUGUUAGAAGAUAUAUAGAUAAAUAUUUAAAUGUGAUCUCUCCCAAUGAAAUUUUAUCAGGACUUAGCUAUGUUUCAGUCUCCCCC